GUAUCCCUGUUGAUUUUUAACAGUUUGCAAUGCCAAGCCCAAGGGUGACAAGAGCAGUGAACGCUAACUCUACCAACCCAAAUGGUAGAUUUGAAUUCAUGUCCCUGCUAACUAACAGGACAAGUGCUUCAGAGCCGAUUUCCCCUCGGUAUCGGCCUUCUGACAGCCCAGUCCACCGAAAGGAUUCCACUUCUGCUGCAUCUCAGCAGCAGCUUCCAGAAGAAGACUGCAUGAAAUUGAACCCAUCAUUCCUCGGAAUUGCACUAAGGUCACUACUCGCUGUUGACCUGUGGUUAACUAAAAAAAUAGGAGUGUGUGCAAGAGAUGGAUCUUCUUGGGGAAGUGCCCGCCCUAUGAUGAAGUUGAUAGAGAUUUCUGGACAUGGUAUACCUUGGAUUGUUGGUACUAUAUACUGUCUAUAUAAGAGUGAUAGCUAUGCUGGGCGUGAGGUCAUUCUCAACCUGCUAUUUGCACUCCUGUUGGAUCUCAUCCUCGUAGGUAUCGUGAAAGGGAUAGUGAGGCGUCGGCGCCCAUUACAGAAUCGAAUGGACAUGUUCGCCACAUUUUCCGUGGACAAGUAUUCCUUUCCGUCAGGCCAUGCUACCCGUGCAGCCAUGGUGGCUCGUUUCAUGCUUAAUCACCUGGUAUUGGCUGUGCCAGUUAGGCUUUUGGUGAUGCUCUGGGCUUUCGUAGUCAGCUUGUCUAGAGUAAUGCUGGGCAGACACAAUGUAACGGAUGUGGUGUUCGGAUUCAUUAUGGGACACAUGCAAUACAGCCUAGUUGAAUAUCUCUGGAUAUCACCAAACACAUUACCGACCUUGUUCAAAAUGUGAAGUCUAUGAAGUAGUAGUUGCCUAAAGUGAUGUCAUUGAAGCCUUAUUCACAUUUCUUAUGGAUAUAAGUCUGUUGCCCACCACAUCUGGCUGCUUUUUGUUGUGUGUGUGUACACCUCCAAUUAUAUCCAUGAGGGCAAUACAUGCAACCCUUAGGUAACUACUAAGACAAGCUAUCUAGUUUAGAUUAGUAAACAAAACUAGCAAUUAGUUCAGUGUAAUUCCUGCUGUAAUGCUGUUUUUUUUUUUUUUUUUAAACCAUGGACACUACAUAAACAGCAUCACUGUGGAAAAGGGAAUGUUAAACAUGUUAUAAAGGUUUUUGUUUUUUUGUAUAUUUUGAAACCAAUAUAUUUUUCCACCUUUAGAGAAGUCAAACAUAUCUUAUUUAAAUGAUUCCAUUCACUUAACUUUACUGUGGUAGUUCUUCUCUGAACUUUUUGAGGACCUAUUUUUCCAAGUGAAAUUAUUUUAUUAACUCUCAGGCUUAAGCAGUAUUGAAAGAUUUCUGCUGUUCAUGGUAUUUUUUUAGGUGUACAGUCGAUUGGGAAGAUGAGACACUAGUCUACCUAAUGCUGGUCAGUGACCUAAAAUGGGUUAUUUAAACAGAAUCUACCAUCAUUUUGAAUGCUCUCUGUGGGCAGCGAUAUUGGCUUACUUUGCAUGAUGAAUCCUCCUCAUUAUUUUACGUUCAUUGAUUUUGGAAAAGUUAAAUGUUCUGGUAUAAAAAUUGGGCUUUACAGUAGUUACUGGAUUCUAAUUUCUGUCAGUCUACAGCAAUAAUUGGUUUUCGGCAAUGAUUGGGAUAGGGCCUGUGUUCUUACUUACAUUCUGAAGCUAGUAGCAAAUAGGAUAAAGGAUUUGGAGGGACUAACUAUGUAAAUCAAGCCAACAUGGCAUCCCUCAGAAUGUAAGCAUUUGGAAAAAUGGCAGAUUCUCCGUGACAUUCCGUUCUCAAAGCAUUUUUCUUGUCAGAACAAAAGGCAAAUAUUGCUGAAUCUUCUUCAAGCAAGGUGGUUACCAAUGUCUAGAUUUUUUUUUUCUGAAUUGUUUAUAAUAUUCCCACCAGCAUAUUAUUAAAUCUUGCCAUACUUCAGCCAAUCAGCCUUAAUAAUAAUAUGCAUGAGACUUUCACAUGUGCAGAUUACCAGGGAAGAAAGUUUGCUUCACAGUAUUUGUCAGUAAAAAUUACCACAUUACCUGUUUUAGGGAAGAGUUCUCGCAAAUUCCUGUAAUGAAAUUUACUUGAGAUUUGAAGGACAUACUGUUUAUAGAGUGAGAUUUAUGGAUCUUGUGUUAAAUGUGUGCACAUUUGCAUGUUCUGCAACAUAAAUGCAACUAAAAGUGAUUGGAGGUGUUACAGGGUUCCUUCAAGCACCAUGAUCACUUCACUAAUUUGAAGUGGUCAUGGUGUCUGGAUUCAGUAUGUGCAGUGUUUCACUAUGAAUUGCUGCACAUACACAGUUUAACCCCUCUGCUGCCAGCGAUGUAACUCCACCUCCA